AUCCAACCAGCACCUCUACAGAACCCACCCCCGCACAGUCUCACUGCUAUACUCACCAUGUCCGAUAUCACUCAGACCCCUCUCUACGGAAGUGCCCAAGGUGAUGCUUUCGACGAUAUAAAAUCCGUCGCUGGCUGGCCCGCUACACAAUCGAUCAACAAGAUCUCCCAGAUCGUUGUGCGCUAUGGGAACAUCGUCGACAACAUUACUAUCACGUAUGCACGCACCGGUGGAGUUGCUCCAGAAACCCAGUCCCAUGGAGGAACUGGUGGAAAUGCAACCACCAUCACUCUCAGUGACACUGAGUUUCUUAUUGGCGUUUACGGCCAGAGUGGAUUUGUAAGGAACGAUUAUGGCCCUUCGAGUAUAUUCAAGCUCCAGUUCGUCAUCCUUGACAAAGCAACAGGAAGUGUUCGGCUUGAAGGCCCUUUCGUAAACGCUCACACAGGAACUCCAUUCGCCGCCACCGGCGAAGUAAUUGGUAUCGCAGGAUAUGAUAGGCAGAGUACCUCUCGUCCUCAGCGCUACCUCCAGUCCUUGUCGUUCUACUUUGACGACUAAUUCCGUCCGUAUGCGUCCAGGCGUCCGCGUGCAACGAAUGGCCUGCUGAUGAAGAAUGUUAUAGUGUCGAGUACUUGAUGUAUAGGGUUUGGAAAUAGAACAAAUACUAUACUUUUACGACCGUAGC